UUUGUCUAUUUAUACCUUUCGAAAUGUAGAAUUUUUAUACUUCAAUUUCAAUUUUUGCAUUAGGGUUUUGCUUUUUGGUGGUGUUAUACUUCUUUGGUUGGAAAACAAAUAAAGAGCAUGUACUCUGCUAUUUGCUUUCAUAGUUUCAUUUUCAGCUUCUUCUGAAUCUUGCCUUCAUUUCUUUGACCUAAGAUACCUCUCUAUUUCUUGCCGUCUCAACAAGGUCUUUCUCUACAGAUAUACAUUGUUAGUUGUGUUGCUGUUGAAUCUGUUAUGAAUUAGCAUUUAUUGCACUUUGAUCGGUUUUCUUCUGGUAAUUUUUUUUCCGAUUUUGAAUUUAUAUGCUGGGUAAUUACAGAUUGAUUCUUCUUCUGGGAAAUUGGGUUGUUCUUUGAAUCGUUUUAUAAGUUUAUUCCUCUAUAUGGGUUUUGUGUCUUCUGUUUAAACAUUGAUUUUGUUGUGAAGAGUGUCUAAUGUAAGUAAUUUUAUAGUAUCCUUGCUUGAAUUUGGUACUAGAUUCGAGUGCAGUGUUGUUCUUCUCUCUUGAAUUUUCUGCGUUCUUUUACUAGUGAAGUAUGGGAGAGCAGGUGGGAUUGCUAAAGGUGACUGUUGUACAAGGGAAGAAAUUGGUUAUCAGGGAUUUCAAGAGCAGUGAUCCUUAUGUGGUGGUCAAGCUAGGGAAUCAGACAUUAAAGACCAAAGUUAUUAAUAGUUGCCUUAAUCCAGUCUGGAAUGAAGAGCUAAGCUUCACCCUCACAGAACCUGUUGGAGCUCUGAGUUUGGAAGUAUUUGAUAAAGACCGUUUCAAAGCAGAUGACAAGAUGGGGCAUGCUCAACUCAACCUUCAACCAAUUGUCUCUGCUGCUAGAUUGAAGCAGAUUCUGCAGGUUUGUUCUGGUGAGACUAUUUUAAGAAAGGCUGUUCCAGACUCGGACAAUUGUCUUGCGAGGGAAAGCUCGAUUAGUUGCAUAAAUGGUGAGGUGGUGCAGAGUGUCUGGUUGAGGCUCUGCGCAGUCGAGUCUGGCGAGAUAGAACUAAAGAUUAAGUUGAUCGAUCGUCCUGUCGCCUCGUCAAGGUAGUUAAGAGUUUAGAAUUGACAAUUGAGUAGAGUUUCGACAUGGGUACCUCGUACCCUUUUAGAAGUAUCAAACAGAUUUUGAAAAAAUGGGUAUCAAAAUUUAGUACAGAUUUCAGUUGGCUCAUGCAAAGACGAAGCUCCUUUUCUCGAGUGCAAUUUGAAAUUUUGAUCAAGUUUGAUGAAAUCUUCCGCUCUUUGUCUCUGCGAUUCAAGCUGUUUUAAAUUGCAGGCGAAUUUGUAGUAAGCUACAAAGGUAUAUAUCUUGCCUUGUAAGGAAAAAGGAAAUUAUUUUUAAGCCA